AUACUUCAUUCGAACCUUCUGUUGCACUGGCAAGUCUUGUGCAGCACAUACCAUUACAGAUGAUUACAGUACUCAUCAGGAGCCUUACUACAGAUCCAAAUGUGAAAGAUGCAAGUAUGACUCAAGCUCUGUGCAGAAUGAUUGACUGGUUGUCCUGGCCUCUGGCUCAGCACGUGGAAACAUGGGUGAUUGCACUGCUGAAAGGACUGGCUGCAGUCCAGAAAUUUACUAUCCUCAUUGAUGUCACUCUGCUUAAGAUUGAAUUGGUCUUUAAUCGACUUUGGUUUCCUCUAGUGAGGCCUGGUGCCCUUGCUGUCCUUUCCCACAUGUUACUUAGCUUUCAGCAUUCUCCAGAAGCUUUUCAUUUGGUUGUCCCACAUGUGGUCAGUUUGGUCCACUCCUUCAAAAGAGAUGGCUUACCUUCCAGUACAGCCUUUUUGAUGCAGUUGACUGAGUUGAUACACUGUAUGAUGUACCAUUAUUCAGGAUUUCCAGAGCUCUAUGAACCCAUUCUGGAAGCUGUUAAGGAUAUGCCCAAGCCCACUGAAGAGAAGAUUAAAUUGAUUCUCAAUCAGAGUGCUUGGACUUCUCAAUCUAGUUCUUUGCCAUCUUGUUUAUCAAGACUUUCCGGAAAAUCUGAAACUGGGAAGACAGGCCUAAUUAAUCUAGGAAAUACUUGCUACAUGAACAGUGUUAUUCAGGCGCUUUUUAUGGCUACAGAUUUCAGAAGGCAUGUUUUAUCUCUGAAUCUAAAUGGGUGUAAUACACUAAUGAGAAAAUUACAGCAUCUUUUUGCAUUUUUGGCCCAUACCCAGAGGGAGGCAUAUGCUCCUAGGAUUUUCUUUGAGGCUUCCAGACCGCCAUGGUUCACCCCUCGAUCCCAGCAGGAUUGCUCAGAAUAUCUCAGAUUCCUGCUAGACAGGCUGCAUGAAGAAGAGAAGACCUUGAAACUGUUGUCUUCAGCACAGACUGAAAGUAUGAGUGAAGAGUCCCAGACACAAGAAGCUGUCCGUAAAGCACAAGUAUUUGCUGAAGCACCUUGUAUGGGAAGUGAAGAGAGAACUCUGAUAGAGAAGAUGUUUGGAGGAAAAUUGAAGACUACUAUAUGCUGUUUGAACUGCAAAAGUAUGUCUCAAAAGGAAGAAGCAUUCACAGAUCUCUCUCUGGCUUUCUGUCCUCCAACUUCUUUGGAGAACGUUGGCUCAAAAUGUAUGGAAUAUUCUGAAGUGAAAGAUGACUACAUGGUGCAAACUAAUGCUUUAGCAACUAGCUCUGCUGGAGAAACCUCUCUCAAUAGUUUGGAAGUAAAUGGUGAAUGUGACACAAUAAUGAAUGAAGGAACCAUAAAAGAUUUUUCUACUGAGCCAAACUCUGAGACUACCGCAAAUUCUGAACUCAACCAAGUUCAAGAUAAUAGGGAUAUGUCUCAGAGGCUAGUAGGUAAAAACACCCUGUCAGUUACAGACCUACUGAAUUAUUUUCUGGCACCCGAGAUCCUCAGUGGAGACAAUAAGUAUUAUUGUGAAAAGUGUGCCUCUCUACAGAAUGCUGAGAAAACUAUGCAAAUCAUUGAGGAACCUGAAUACCUCAUUCUCACUCUUUUGAGAUUUUCAUAUGAUCCAAAGUGUCAUAUAAGGCGCAAAAUCUUGGACAAUGUGUCUCUGCCACUUGUUUUGGAACUGCCAGUCAAAAAAGCAACAUCCCCUCUAGCUGUAGUUUCGGGAGGUUGGUCUGUAGGUGUUGAGAUUUCUGAUAUUGGAGAAAAUCUUGCUAAAAAACUGAAGCCCUCAGGUGCUGAAGAAGUGACCUACCCACAAUUGGUGCCCUACACGUUAAGCUCUGUGGUGGUGCAUUCUGGAGUAUCCUCUGAAAGUGGACAUUAUUAUUCAUAUGCUAGAAAUGUUACUGGGUCAGGGCCUUCAGGACUCUGUCACCAGUCUACAGCUCUUACUUUAGUUUCUCCUCAGGAUAAGUUGUUGACAGAGGAGAGUCCUUGUACUGUUGUAGAAAAUGAGCUGGACACUGAGAUGCCAAGAGAAUGGUUUCUGUUCAAUGACAGCAGAGUGACAUUUACCUCAUUUCAGUCAGUCCAGAAAAUUACCAGUAGAUUUCCGAAGGACACUGCUUAUGUUCUGUUUUACAAAAAACAGAAUACCAACUGUGGCUUCAACACCAAUUCGUCAAAUGGACUCUGGGUAAAUGGAGACCCUCCCCUACAAAAAGACCUCAUGGAUGCGAUUACGAAAGAUAACAAACUGUACUUGCAGGAGCAAGAGCUUAGCGCUCGAACACAAGCGCUUCAAGCUGCUUCAGCCUCAUGCUCUUUCCGACCCAAUGGAUUUGAUGACAACGACCCGCCGGGAAGUUGUGGACCGACAGGUGGAGGAGGAGGGGGUGGGUUCAGUACUGUUGGUAGAUUAGUCUUUUGACUAUGAAGACAACCUGGGAUACACUGGUUCCAAAGCAGCCUGGUACUGCUGAGGACAACUGAGAUUUUGAACUUUGUCAGAUAUUGUACUAAGUUUUGAGACUUGAUUCUUGUUCAAAAGCAAAUGUUGGGGUUUUUCUGGUUAUGUUUUAUUUGAAAUAAAUAAGCGCAUAAUGGAAAAAA